AUGGAACGACCGGCGUCGGAAUCGCUGACGACGAUCGCGCCGCUGCAGCUGCGGUUCGAGGACAUAUCCGUGCACUCGCCGGGGGUGUUCGCGAAGUCGGACGCGAUGAAGACGCUGCGGGAGGCGCCGAGCGGGGUUGGAUUUCGCGCGGCGCUCAAGGAGUUGAAUCAGACGGAGGAUUCGUUCGCGAAGAUUUUGUCGCAGGCGCGGGAGAAGGCGCUCGGGAACGGGGACGGGGAUUUGGAGCGAAUCAAGGCGCACAUUAAGCGGUUGAAGUUCGGGACGAUCGAGUUGUCGACGGAACAGGCGUUUUUGAAGGCGGUUUUGGAAUCGCGACCGUUGCCCAAGGAGACGCCGACGGAGAGCGAAGGGUUCAAAGCUUUGCAACAGCGGUUGAAGAAUUUGACGAACGAGAACGAACGACGGGCGGAGGAGAUGGAACGCGAGAUUGCGUCGCUCGGGGACGAGUACGAGACGUUUCGCGUCGAGCAUAGGGCGUUGACGGAGGUUGUGGAAGAAUUAGAGCAGUUGGAGGCGGAAGCCGCGGCGGCGGCGUGGGAAGCGCAGGCGGGAGACGCCUCGGUGAGCGCCGCGGACCGGGCGAAGUCCAAGGAGGAGUUACAGCGCGAGCUCGAAGCGCUCGAUGCGGAACUGCGCGAGGUGAAUGUGAAGUUGAGCGAGAAUCAAAGCGGCGCGAGCGAACUCAAGGCGGAGUUGGCGCCGGACGAGAGCGCGAUUGAUCAAAUCAACGCCCAGGCCAAGUACUUGAUCGGUAUCUCCAAGGCUGCGGCGCGAGAAGCGGAAAUGUCGGCGCAAAUCGCCGAAGCGCAAGAGGCGGUGCUCGAGCAAACGAAAUUGCUAGUCACUUUACAAGGGGUGGAAAUCAUGGCCAUCGAAGAAAACGCCCUCGUGCUCAAGAUUCACACGCACUUGCCCGCGACGCCCGAGUUCGCCAUGGAAAGCGCCAAGCCGCGUGGCCCGAGCUCGACGACGCACACGGUCACGCUGCACUUGAUGAAGGAUAGCGCUCGUCUCGCCGGGGCGACGCUCGAACCGUCGGACACGCCCAUCCUCGACAUCAUCGAAGAGUCGGCGGGCAUGCCCGUCCUCGCUCGCGCGUUGGCGGAAAUCCGCCUUCGCAUCGCCGCCACGGCGCAACGUGCCGAGGCCCUCGCGGCGGCGGCGGCGCGAACGGCGCUCAGAUGGAGUUCCGGCGAGUCAUUGGUGCGCGCGGCGCUGCCAAACGGCGCCGUCGCCGUCUUGGACGUGCCUUUCGAAUGGCCGACGCGCGGCGCGAACAUUUCGUUGAUCAAUGUCGAGAUGGUGCCGCCGCAAGUGGCACAACUCGCGGUGACCCGCCUGAUGACGAAGAAUCUGUUGUGCAUCGGCGACGCGCUCGAAGCCACGAGCGAGGCGCUGAAGAACCAGGCGUAA